CUCUACCAUGGCUGAGCAAAGCACGACAGUUGCGCGUCGACACCCGCAGACUGCACGCAGUCACAACCCUUACUCCGCGCCCCGUCCGAGGUUGAACGUUCGGCAGGUGCUCUGCAGCGAUAAUGUCCAUGUGACUGCCGACACCCACGGGUACUACACCUUCAAGUGCUUCAGGACCGGGAGCGUCCUGCGCAUGCUGACCUAUGAAGUGGAUAAUUGUUUCAGGGAGAUCAAAGCGAAACGCGUUGGACGCGUGCAGUGCGGCGACGUCGUCUGUUUCGUGGCCGCAGAUAAAGAGACACCUAUUCUCAUCGAACAUGCCUCUGGCGACAGCAUGGAGAUCCACCACGGUGACAUGACUGAUAUAUACCUUGCUUACCCUAGAGUCGAGAACAAAGGACACGAACAGUAUUAG